CGCACUCUGCAGUGACAGCUUACAGACUUUGUUUCCAGGAAUGUAAACACUGUUUAGAUGCUGGCUUGCUGGCUUUUAUUGUCGCUGCUGUAAAACGCAUAGUUAUGGCUUUGCAUUAGCUUCCUGAGCACUAACAUGGCGUUUUUAUAUUGAUCCAUUUUGGACCGUCUUUUGUCGUUUGAGUGCACACACGAUUCAUAUGCUGUGACCAUGACCAAAGACAUUGUUGUUGGAGAUGAAUUACCAGACUGGGUGGGGGCCAAGGAGUUUUACCAGAAAUAUGACCCCAAAGAGGUGAUAGGAAGGGGUGUGAGCAGUGUGGUACGCAGGUGUGUGCACAGACACACGGCCCAGGAGCUGGCAGUGAAGAUAAUCGAGAUCACAGCCGAGAAGAUGACAGCCCAGCAGCUGGAUGAGGUGAAAACCUCCACGCUGAAGGAGAUCCAAGUCCUCAACAUGGUGAAGGGACAUUCCUCCAUCAUUACUCUCAUUGAUUCCUAUGAGUCCACAACCUUCAUAUUUUUGGUGUUUGACCUCAUGAGGCGAGGGGAGCUGUUUGACUACCUCACAGAAAAAGUUACUCUCAGUGAGAAGGAAACCAGGAGCAUGAUGCGAGCCCUGCUGGAGGCGGUGCAGUACCUCCACUCUUUCAACAUUGUCCACCGGGAUCUGAAACCGGAGAACAUUCUCCUGGAUGAUCAGGGACACAUCAAGCUGUCGGACUUCGGUUUCUCAGUGCAGCUACAGCCUGGGGAGAAGCUUCGGGAGCUCUGUGGGACCCCGGGUUAUUUGGCCCCUGAAAUACUGAAAUGCUCGAUGGAUGAAACGCACCCAGGCUACGGCAGAGAGGUCGAUCUCUGGGCAUGUGGCGUGAUUCUGUUCACCUUGCUGGCUGGCUCACCGCCGUUCUGGCAUCGCAAGCAAAUGCUGAUGCUGAGGAUGAUUAUGGAAGGCCGCUAUCAGUUCAGCUCCCCAGAGUGGGACGAUAGAUCUGAUACAGUGAAAGAUCUGAUAUCUAGGCUCCUGGUGGUGGAGCCAGCUGCCCGUCUCACUGCUGAGCAAGCCUUGGCACAUUCUUUCUUCAGACAGUACCAGAAGGAAGAUGUGCGGCUCUUCAGCCCCAGAAAAACAUUUAGGGUGUUGAUAGUUACUGUGUUGGCGUGCAUCAGGAUAUACAGCCGUUACCGCAGGGUUCGUCCACUGACUCGGGAGGUGUUGGCCAGAGAUCCUUACUCGCUCCGUGGCGUCCGCAAACUCAUCGACGGCUGCGCCUUCCGCAUCUAUGGCCACUGGGUGAAAAAAGGGGAGCAGCAGAACCGAGCCGCGCUCUUCCAGAACACGGCUAAGAUCAUGCUGCUGGGCCUGGAGGACUUUGAAACCUAAAAAGGUCAACCUCAUUCCUAACCACAUCGGUUUUUAUUCAUUGUGCAUGUGCUGUCGUGUCAGUGUUUGUUUUGUCAAGUUACUGUGUUUAAUCUCCAAGCUGAGAAAUUCAGGGACUGAGAUGUUUGUUUGCCUUAAUAUGCACUGUGGCUCUGAAAUUCCAACAAAAGCAUGCACAACUUCAUAUUCCUCGUCUGCCUUUUAAGUCAAGUUUGUGGCUGUUUUUAAAGUCCUCAUGUCAUGUCGUCAUGUUUGCAGUAGAGGGAACAUUGCACAGUUGUUUAAUAAAAACACAUCAACUAUACGCACAUUUAUAUGUAUUAACAGUUGACCAUCAUCAAGCACUGUGAUUGGUUAUUUAAUAGAUAAUUAUAUUAACUCUUAUACUGCUACUAAUACUUAUUGUACUGUAUUAAAGCUCUGAUUAUAAAUAUUCCAUUGUUACAAUUCAGUAUCAGAGUAGAUGUGCAAGACAUUCAAGUGUGUUUUUUGGAGUGUUUUUAGUAGAAAAGUCCCAUAGCUGUCAUGCGUGUAGACAUUCUUUACAUGAAAACCAACUUACACUUACACUGUUACUUUAUUUUCCUGUUCAAACUAACCAACAGCAUCCCCUACUCAUUCUCCUUUUCCUGUCUGAGAAAUGUACAAUACAGAUGCAGAUAUAUAUUGUACAUUAAGAAAAAGUCUAUUGACAAUAAAACAAAUAUUUAAGUUUGAA